GCCGCCUGGCCAGACUGCCAGCACUCACCCUGGGAAAGGUGAAGCAGCACGGGGCUCCCUCUCUCCCAUCACCUCCCUGGCAGUCUCCUCCCCGCAUCUCUUGCACCUCAAACACAACUUGUUUUUUGUUGUGUGUGACGUGCGUGUGUGUGUGUCAGCUGUGCCUGGUGUCUGGCAGUGGUGCAUGGAUGGCGGGAGAGAAGUCGCGUGACUGCAGUGACUGGGCAGUGUGUUGUUGGCCCCGCUCUGGAUAACUUGUCUUUGCGUGUCCUCCGUGCCGAGUGCCUGUUGCGUGAGCCUGAAGAGUUUGACUGUCCCUGCCUGUGUCUGUAACUGCCUGUAACUAACGGAACUAGUAAAGGAAGAAAGUGUUGCCCACUGUUUGUCUACCCGCUCUGUCUGGCUGUGCGUGAAUCACGUGGGACGUGGUACCCUUAGCAUCUCUUGUCUAGCCUGCUGGUGUUCCCGAGUGCUGUCCUGACUGUCGGGGAAUUGUGGGCGUCUACGGGAGUGCUGAGGUUUGUGCUUUCGUAACAAUGGCGUCAGGAGUGGGAUGCUAAGUGUGUGCUCGUACAGACCUACGUGACUCGAGUGGAGAAACCAUGGCAGACAAGGUGGUAGACAAAAUGGCGGGCGAGAGUGGUGCUGCUGACCAGUGUGAGGGACUGAGUGGGUCUAGUCACGACUCUAGUGAUGCUGGUGACGAGAAGCCCACCCAGAUGGACCUCCUCAUGUCCCAACUGGCGAGUAUGGCUCAGAAGCAGGAGGAAAGGCACGAGCAAACCGUGGCAACACAAGCUGCCCAAACUGAACGACUGAUGGAAGCCCUGCAAAGCAGCCUAGGUUCUCUGAGGGCUGAAACGCAGGCGUAUACUGAUCGCUCGUGUGAGGCAGUGAAACAGGAGGUAAAAAGUGAACUCCAAGCCUUGCGGGAAGAGGUGGCAGACCUGCGUGAGGGCGCGAGUGUUUGGCGGCAGGGCGCGUGGCCGCCACGUGGCGUCUUGGCGGGAGGUGUACAGCUGCCCGCAACCCCCGCCUGGCCUCCCGUGACUAGCCCAGGACCUGAAGGGAGUGUGGCCUCAGCCCCACCUGCUGUUGGGGGCCUUGGAUGGGGCCCUGUGGGGGAAGCAGGUCCUUGGGAAGCACCCGAGAUGGCCGUUGGGGGCUGGCCGCCCACCCGGGACAGGAGGGGAGGGCUUAGCCUGCCCCCUACACCGCCGGGCUCACCUCCCCGUGCCGCCUCCCCGCCCCCGAGCCCUAAGGCAGCCCGCUCGUCACCUCGUCACGUGAGACGCAAGCCAGCGGAGUACGAUGGUAAGGUCAGCUGGGAGUCUUACGUCGCCCAGUUCGAUAUGCUGGCCUUGGCCCAGGGCUGGGGGGAGGCAGAGAAGGCCCUGCAACUAGCGACAGCGCUGCGAGGCCCGGCGUUGGAAGUGCUGGGUCAUCUCCCUGCCAGCCAGCGCACCUCAUACGCAGCAGUGUCCGAAACUUUGCGGCGACGUUUCGGACACCGUCAUCAGGCGGAGGUAUACCGCGCCCAGCUUAAGAAGAGGACGCGAGAGAAGGACGAAACCCUUUCCCAGCUGGCGCAGGACGUAGAAGGGCUGGUGAGGAGGGCGUAUCCAAGCGCGGCCGAGGACAUGGUCGUUGUUCUGGCGCGCGACGCGUUCGUAGACGCCCUCCAGGACCACCAGCUCCAAAUCUAUGUGAAGCAGGCACACCCAGCUGACGUGCAGGUGGCGUUGGCACGGGCUAUGGAGUUUGAGGCCUUCCUACAGACGACGACCAGCCUCUCUUCUCUUGCCCAGCCUCGCGGUGAGGUACGGGGCCGGAAGGCGAAGGUGGAGCACAAGGCGGCGUCACGGGAGGCGAACCCGUCCGAGUUCGCCGGCCGCUGUUGGGGCUGCAGUGAGAGAGGCCAUAGACGCAGCCAAUGUCCGAGGGGACGAAGGACGCGCUCCCUCGAUCGGCCUAACUCCAAAGCCUUCCAGACGUGCUGCGCCGCAUGCGGCAAAUCGGGCCACCGCUCCAGCGCCUCCCCCAAGCCCAAGGAGGUUGCUGAGGCGGAAAACAGCAGCGGGCUGGAGGAGGGGGCGACCUCACAGCCUGCCAAGGUGCCAAUGCCCCGUGCUGUGUAA